AUGAGGGCGGUUCGCGACGCCUUGGCCUCGCCCAUGCUGCAGGAGUGGCUGCCCAACUGGGGCAACGCGGGGGACAUCUGCGGGCCCCUGGGGUGGGCGCCGCAGGUUACCUGUGACCAGACUCCCUCGGGCAACUACACCAUCGUCAGCAUCAACCUAUCGGGCGGCAUGAUAGGCACGCUCAGUCCGCUUAUCGCCGACCUCGACAACCUCCACGAGCUGAAGCUGUACAGCGUGGGGCUGAAGAGCGAAGGCCUCGUGGACACGCUCCUGUACCUCACACAGCUCGACACCCUCGAGAUCAUCAACAUGCCGGUGGGCAUCACCACGGCAGAGCUCGACCUCUCCAAGUUGUCCAACCUCCAACACCUCACGCUGCGCAAUGUGAUGUUGAGGGGCCCUAUCUCCAAGCUCAACCUCCCUUCGCUCACCAACCUGCAAUCUCUGGACUUGGCGCAGAACCAGCUCACGGGCGAGCUGCCCAAGGGGCUCUCCAACAUCGCCCACAUUGACAUCUCCUCGAACAGCCUCUCAGGAGUGCUGCCCACCGACCUCAUCUCCUCGCCCAACGUCGAGCACAUGGUGCUCUACAACAACCGGCUGGAGGGCGCCCUGCCGGACGUCUUUGCCGCCGCCCAGAAGCUUCAGCAGCUUGACCUCUCGCAGAACAAGCUUGUGGGCUCCCUCCCUCCUUCACUCGCCGAGCUGCCCAGUCUUUAUUACAUCGACCUGAGCACCAACUCCUUCCGUGGCAAGCUGCCGCGCUUCUUUGCUGCCUGCACCAUCACCAACACCAGCGCCUUCCUCAACCUCACGAGCAACAAGCUCACGGGCGGCAUUCCCAACAGCCUGGGGCUCUACGCCCACCGCAACACCGUGCUCCUCACUGUCGAUGUGUCAUACAACCAGCUGCAGGGAGCGGUGCCCGCCAGUCUGCUGGCAGCAGACACGCUGUUGUACGACCACAACGAGGGCCUCUGUGACGCGCCCUACCUCCCCAUGUGCGGCCCUGACGGCAAGCCCUCUGAUCCUCUUACCGCGCUCAUUAAGAAUGGCACUUCUUCUGACGACGGGUCCACGCCUUUUGCUGACAUCACCCCCACCACACCCACGCCUGCCCAGCCCACCCAGCCCACCACUCCCACCACUCCCACCUCUACGCCUGCUGCCGCUGACCCUGCUGCCACUGAGCCUGCUGUUGCGGCUAAGCCCGCUGCCACCUCUGAGCCGGCUGCCGCGCCCUCCCAGCUCACCUGCAACUGCGAGCAGCUGUCCGCGGGUGUCAUUUUCGGCAUUGCCUUUGGCGCUGCGGUGCUUGCGGCUGUGCUGGUGGCGGCAGUGGUGCUGACGUGGCUGCACUACGGCAAUGCGCGCGCGGCGGCGCGUGUGGAGGGCGCUGGGUUCCUGUUUGGCAAUGGGGAGAAGGUGAACGGUGCUGUCAAGGACGUGGAGAAGUAUGCCAACUAG